AUGUUGGAUAAAUUACUCGUGUGUGGAGUAGUGGGAACUGCGCUCCGUGGAGAAUAUCUCGUCGCACGAAGCAUCGUUCAAAAGAAGCAACCCGAUUGGAGUGAUAACAAGAUUCGACUCUUCGCCGUUCGUGUCGUCUCGUUCACUCAUGCUCUCGUCUCCGCGUUGGGCUGCAUUUUAAGCCUUCUCUCUGACUUCAACUACAUUCGCGAGCCGUAUGACUAUCACAAAGCCAACGCCGAGUACGUGUUCCUCUUCUCGAUGGGAUACUUUUGCUAUGAUUUGCUGGAUAUGUACUAUCACGGAGAGCUGGAAGCAUCCAAAGAGUAUCUCAUCCAUCACUCCCUCGUUAUCACUGCUUUCUCGAUUAUUCUCUUCUCGGGACGACUUUUUGGUCUAGCAAUGAUCGCCUUGUUGGUCGAGGUUCAAACUGUUUUCCUGCAUUUGAGAACGAUGGUUCGGUUGCUUUAUGGAUCCAAGAACAUGCCGAAAUCGAUUGAUUUGCUUAUCAAUGCCAACAUGAUUUGUCUGUUUUUGUUCAGACACCUUCCCGUUUGCUACUUGCUCUUCUAUCUGUUGGUUCAAGACGUCAAGGUUCCACUUGUCUUGAAGACCUUCUUGGUUGGAGGACUCACUUUCUUGGAGUACCAUAACACUCAUCUUACUAUGGCCAUGGCGAAAUCCGACGGAUUCUUCGGACACGAACGACAGGCACUCGAUGAGGACAGUUGUGAUCCAUUGGGAUCGGUGAAUAAGGGGAAGGAGUCGUCUCCAAAAUCCACCACGUCAUCUACACGAACCGCCCGAAAAGUCGAAUGA